AUGGAGACACCAAAACCGAUAGUGGUUAGUCAGCCUAGACCGUCCGUCACUCCGGCCGCACCAGUGAUUUCGCAGCCAGCGUUCCGUCCAUUAAUCAUCAAUUCCAAUCGACCACAGGCCAUCAGAACACCCUUGAUGGCUACCUCAGGCCAGCACGUGCCACCACCAGUGCAGCUCACACAGUCUAGCGGUAUUGCUGCCACUGCCACCGCCCCUUGCUCCACACCACGUCGUACCGGUGGUUCCACUGCAGCACCCCUCUCGCCUAACUCCGAGGCGGCUCGGGCGCGGGCGCGCAGUCUGGCGGCCUCACACGCAGCACGCAUAUCUGCAGCGAAUCGGCGCUUCCGCACUGAGAAAGCAGCGCUAGAUACGAGGGUGGCCUCGUUGGUGGAAGAACUGGCCAAUCGGCGGCGACUGAGUGUUAAGUACAUGGCGCUUCAGGUUCAGGAGGAAAUCCUGCAAGCCAAAAAAGCAACGCAGAGGGAGGCCUUAACGGAGCCAACACCACCAGCACCCCCACCGCCACUACCGCCACUGAAGCUGAAAGUACAGACCUCGGAGCGGUUAUCAGCAUCUGCAGGUCGGGGCGAAUCGAAGUCCACUUCUGCCACUACCAGUAAAACCAGGACCACUAGAGCCGGACGUAAGCGGAGGAUCGCAAGGCAACAGCUACUUCAUACACACCCUUCUACACCUCCUACGGCGCCAGCAACGGACUCUGACGAGGAGCACUAUGCCAUGACUUCGCCAUCAAGGCAGGCAAAGAGGAGGAAGGUGGGGGAACUGAAGAACGAAGCCCCUCCAUAUAUUAAAACGGAGGCACCAACCCCCCGCAUCCGCCGUGGGGGCCGUCCUAGUAAAGACAUUGGCUCUCCCACCAAUGGAAAGCGUCGGCGAUGCGAAGAGUUCACAACCUCCUUCUCUCCGGCUGCCAAGGUAGCAACAGCUACUACUAGGAGUAGUCGUGGAAAGGCUCGAGGAAGGUGUGGCAGAGGUGCUUCCAAGUCAACACCUUCAACUUUAUCCAACUCUGCAGUGUCAAGACCACGCCUUUCUAUCCGCACACCAAGGUACCUUCUUGAGGAGGCAGAAAGAGAAAAGGCAGGAACCCGUUCGAGACGGCGCUCUAACAAUGGCGACGGUGAUGCAGCGAAAAGGUCCUACAAGGUGGAGAAGACCGAUGCUUUUGACGAUAAGAGGAUUUAUUGCCUUUGCAGGAAACCCUACGAUCCUUCUCAGGCGUACAUUGGUUGCGAUCUCUGCCAAGACUGGUUUCACUUCACCUGCGUUGGUUUGGAAUCGGGCACCUCUACAGCGGCCUUGGGUGACUCCUGGCUCUGUCCAGAGUGCCAGCGGGCCGAGGACAAGGCGAAGGACGAGGUCUACUGCCUUUGUCGCACACCUUACGACCCCACUCGCGUCUACAUCGCGUGCGAUCGAUGCGAUGAGUGGUAUCAUGCGGAAUGCGUGGGCUUGGAGGCGGAGGCAGUGUCUAAGCACGAGGGUGAAUACAUCUGUCCUAUGUGCACGAAGAGGGCAGAUAAUGUUUCGAAGGGAAAUGAGGAUUUUAAAGGCGGUGAUAGUUAUGACAAGGUGAAGAAAGAGGAGCCAGAAGAGACACAGAAGACACUCUAUGAAGCGCCGUUGACGGAACUGGUCAAAGGGGCCGUGCUGGAGUUGUUUGAUGAUUUAGAGGCACACAAACUCUCUUGGCCUUUCAUGAAGCCGCUACCGCAGUCAGAUCAACAAAAGAAAGGACCUACAGAUUUGGCCAGCUUCAGGGCAGCCUUCGAGCGUGGUGUCUAUCGGUCUCUGGGAGAUAUCUCGUUCGCCAGCAACCGUCUCUUCUCCAACGCUCGCCUUGUCUUCGAUACCACUUCAACAGAGUUCCAUUGCGUGGAAGUGCUGGAAGCCUUCUUCCUCCGACGCAUGAAGGAGGUGCGUAGUCUCUCUCAACAAGCCUCUCCCUCUUCCUGA